AUCGCAGUGUUGGCAACACAUUGACAUUACAGUCGGAGCAAAAGUCAAUCAUUUGUAGAAAAACUUGAGUGUAAAUAAUUCCCGCAAUGGCAGGCCUUCCUAGCACAAUUUACAACACAGUGUUCAAAAGAACCUCAACUUUUGCCCUAGCGUGUGUUUGCGCCACUUUCUUCUUCGAACGGACGUUCGACUUGGGCUCGGAAUUCCUGUUCGAAAAAGUCAACGAAGGGAAAUUGUGGAAGCACAUCAAACACAACUACGAAAAGUAGAAUGUAGAUAUUUAUUAAAUAAAUUGUAGUUAUUCAGUUA